AUGAGUGCGGGAGUUUACAAAUUCUGGAAGUAUAUACUAUAUCUGUUUCUCAUCUGCCCGACUCAAAUCAUCCCAACUUCUGCUGCUACGGUAAAGGGAAACGAAACAGAUCAACUAGCAUUGUUGGCCUUCAAAGAAAAAAUUAUCCAUGAUCCUCAAGGAGCUUUUAGCUCAUGGAAUAUGUCUCUCAACUUCUGCAGCUGGGCAGGCAUCACAUGCAGCAAACAACACAAAAGAGUCACCAGCAUAAACCUUGCAUCUAAGGCAUUUGUGGGCUCUUUACCGCGUGAUAUAGGAAACAUAAUUUUCCUGACUGAAAUUGUUCUUACCAACAACAGUCUUCAAGGCACAAUUCCUCAAGAAGUCGACCGUCUUUUCAGUCUUAAAGUUCUAAGCUUGGGACGAAACGCUUUGGAAGGAAAUAUACCAGAUACCUUGGGACGAGUUAAUAGGUUAGUCAUUCUCGAACUUUUUUCCAAUAACCUAUCUGGUACGAUCCCGAAUUCUGUUUUCAAUCUCUCAUCACUGAAUGUCUUCAAUUUGGCCAACAAUCAACUUCAAGGAAGUAUACCAACAGACUUUGGUCUGACCCAUCACAAUCUACAGAAGAUUCAGCUAUUUGAUAACAGAUUAAGUGGAAACAUCCCUAUAUCACUUUCUAAUGCUUCAAAACUUCAAGUUAUUCACUUGCAGUUCAACAAUUUUAGUGGCCCCAUAUCAGUAGAUUUUGGAAGGUUACCGUAUCUUCAAAAUUUAAGUCUGGAAUAUAAUAAUUUCGGACUUGGGGAACAGGGUGACUUGAAAUUUAUUGACUCGUUAGUAAAUUGCAGGAGCUUAAAGAUAUUGAAACUAGGGGCCAAUAACUUACAAGGAUCAUUGCCCCGUUCUAUUGCUAAUCUAUCAAUCGAGCUAACGAUGAUAAGCUUAGCAGAUAACUGUAUAUGUGGAAGCAUCCCUCCCGACAUAUCCAAAUUUAUCAAUUUGAUCUUUUUAUCUAUAGAGCAUAACAAUUUCACGGGCAUUAUUCCCCCUGAAAUCACCCAACUUGGAAAGUUGCAAAGCAUUCUUCUUUCUAACAACAGACUUACAGGGAACAUUCUGGCCUCCAUAGGGAACCUAUCUAUGUUGGAUGAAGUUCAUUUAGAAUAUAAUGAAUUGAACGGAAUAAAGCAGGGUAUUGGUUAUAUCUGCGGCCUUAGUUCUAUCAUUCUGUUAAAUGCAUAA